CCAGAGGAGACUACGGGAGGGGCUACGGAGGUCCUCGUCCCUGCUUCCUGUGUGGAGACACGAUGCACUGGGCCAGAAACUGCCCACACUAUGCCCAACACUAUCGAGGAGGUGGAAGACCACCCCGAGGGGGAGGCCGUGGCUACGGACCUCCGGCACCACUGCCACCUGCGCCACCAGGUGCCGCCAGCGCACCGCCAGGGGGAGUGACUCAAUUUCCAGCCUGGGGUGACGACUGUGACUAUCCCCAAUACGAGUGACACACCCCACAAGGGGACCCCGACAACACCCAAACGGCAGAACCGGUGUUGUCAAUGCAGGUGGAACAACUUAAUCUACCAUUCCUAGUGGACACAGGGGCUACAGUGUCCACAAUCAGACAGGCACCACAGAACUCUCUAUCGAAUAAAUCUAUCACACUAAUGGGGUUCUCUGGGGAAAGGACAACUCUGCCAUUCACCAAACCUUUACGCACAAAAUUGGGCACCCAGGUUCUACAACACCCGUUCGUGUUCUCCCCAGCUGUUCCAACUAACCUACUGGGCAGGGAUCUGCUCAUUAAACUCGGGGCGACAAUCCUGUGUUCAGCUGACGGCCUCCAAGUCCAUCUACCAGACGGAACCCGUCUGCCAUGCGGUCAACAGGUCUCGGGCCAUGGACAAUAUCUCAUACAACCGGUCAUUGAUCCCAUGGCCGACAUCUAUUGGGGCUUACUGAGACCUGAGGCCACGAGGAGGGGGGGCAUUCUCUCGGCCUACCUCGCGUGGAAACCCUGGAUAUCACAGCUUCAGCCGCUCCUGUCUCCUCCCGACCCUCCACACGUAACGUUGUUUUACGAUCGAACACAAUGUGAGUGGUAUCAGGAACAAUUUCAGGAACAAUUAGAAAGUAAAGAGUGGACAGUCCACUCCCAAAACAUAUACGUUGCUCCAGAAGGCGUAGCCGCCGGAGUUAACCUCACCACAGAACAACUAAUCUGGUAUAAAAUGGCGGACGAAGCGGCACCACACAUUUCCCUAGCGUUACAUCCAGAACAUGAGGCUAAAGAGCUCGGUAGCAUUGUAAAACGUUCUUUACAGCAGACGGACUGGGCGCAAACGUCCGUCCCUCAGGUGCAGUAUUCUGCCUCGACUAAAACGUACUGCAUCCAGAUAACAGCCACAGACACCGCCACACUUACUCAUGCGCAGAUAUCCAGACACCACGGGCGUGAGUGGACAGAUCACCCAGACACCUCAGCCAUGCUUAACACAUUGCCAGACACGUUGUGGUCUACAGAUCCCACGGACGUGGGUCUCAUUAAGUGUGAACCAGUCACGUUUGAAUUACAGUGUGAUUAUCCAAUCUGGUUACGACAAUAUCCCCACAAACAGCAGGCGGAAGACGGCAUACAAGACACUAUAGACGGGCUACUACAAAAGGGGUAUUAG